ACCUACCACCUUGCCUUCCUUACGAAUACCCUCCGUCCGCUCUCUCUGUCCCCCAGAGAUCCUUCCUCACACACACUCGACCUCUACUUGAUUAUUUGGACUUCGCGGAGGACUACAUCCUUACUUAUCGUGCCUGCUCGACCCUGACCGUGGGCCGCGUGCAAGCGAAGUGCAGGGACUAGCCAGUUACUUCUACCUGGUCGCUCGCAGCGAACGAUUGGAAGUCCAACGAAACGUGGUGUUGGAAGAGGGCUUACCUGCAAAGCGAGCAGAACAAAAAACCUACUCAACCCGCGGGUCUCGUGCUUGCCGCCGGACGCCGACUCCGCCUUUGAAGUAUCCCAUCACGCCUGACCGCCAUGCCCUUCCACACUCCCAAAUCCUUCCGCCUGCGCGAACUCGCCAGCGCCUCUCUCGUCGCCUUCAAGCAACGACGUAGUAUCACGGACCAGUCGGUGCCGAUGAGCUAUCCACUAUGGGAGGCCGCGGCGAAUAUCACCAUGGACGCCAUUACUACAACUGCACACGAGUCACAUCCCAACUUCGUGCAUCUGGCGGGUCUGGUAUCCGAGGCCGUCCUCGAAGUCGUGUUUGUCGCCCUGCCCGGCUACUUGGUCGCCAUCACGGGCAUGUUCGAUGCCAACAGCCAAAAGUUCCUCGCCGAACUCAACACCAUGGUCUUCACGCCAUGCUUGAUCUUCACCAAACUCGCCAGCCAGCUCAACGCCGACAAACUUGCCGAUUUGGCUGUGAUUCCAUUCAUAUUCGUCAUUCAAACCAUCGUAUCCUACACCGCCGCCCAGAUCAUGGCACGACUGUUUGGCUUUGGGAAGAAGAACAAGAAGAUGCAAAAGAACUUUGUGCUUGCGAUGGGAGUCUUUGGAAACUCAAACUCGUUGCCAAUCUCCUUGGUCCUGAGCUUGAGUAAAACCAUUCAGGGACUGCACUGGGAUCGGAUCCCAGGAGACAACGACGAGGAAGUGGGAGCAAGAGGAAUUCUGUACUUGCUGAUAUUCCAGCAGUUGGGACAACUCCUGCGAUGGACCUGGGGAUACUCAGUGCUCUUGAAACCCGCGGAUCAAUACAGCGCGUCAGAACGCGGAGAUGAUGACGAGGAACGGGCGAGGUUGAUUGAAGAUGGGCCUGGAUUCGACGGGACGGAUGACACGAUCAAAGGCAAAGGAGGUAGUGACUCUGGCUUCAAUAGUGCAUCCGAGACGCCAACCUCCUCGUCGACCGCAUCGAGAGAAGACCUUCGACAGGAGAUCAUUCCUGCUACGCCAGCGAACGGCAACGACAUCAGCACGGAGCCACGAAAGCUGCAUCGUCGGAACGUCGAUGAUGAUACGGAUAGUGUCCGUUCCGCUUCCACGACCUCAAUCACCCAGUUUCCUCAGUUCUCACGAACGCAAUCAUCGCGGUCUACCGCCGAAGCGCCUGUGGGUUGGAAAGCACCGCUGUAUCGUGUGCAGAACACGGUGGUGAUGUACGCUCGAAGAGUAUGGCUCACCAUUAGCACGUUCUUUAUCAACCUCCUUCGUGCACUUCCAACGCCGGUGCAAAAGGUACUCAGGACUUUCCACUACUACAACAGCAAAUUCUGGGCUGGCGUCUGGAGACAAAUGAAUCCUCCGCUGUGGGCAAUGUUGGCAGCUCUUAUCGUAGCCAGUGUCCCACGCCUGCAACAACUCUUCUUCGACGAUGGCACUCUGAUACGCAACUCCGUCACUCGUGCGAUUGAACAAAGUGGAGGUGUGGCCGUCCCUCUUAUUUUGGUGGUUCUCGGCGCGAAUCUGGCCCGCUCCACGCUACCACAAGACCAGCUUGCCACGUCACCAGAAGAGAAGAAAGAGGAACGCAAGCUACUGUACGCCUCGCUGUUGAGCCGAAUGGUGGUUCCCGUCGUGAUCAUGGCUCCUGUGCUGGCGCUGACGGCAAAGUACGUGCCCGUCUCGAUACUGGACGAUCCGAUAUUCAUCAUUGUCUGCUUCCUAUUGACGGGCGCUCCUUCGGCAUUGCAGCUUGCUCAAAUCUGCCAGCUGAACAACGUCUUUAUGGGUGCCAUGUCGAGCUUACUGGUAGCGAGCUACGUCGUGGUCAUCUUUCCGAGCACACUCUUGCUGGUGCUCAUGGCACUGGAAGUUCUGGAAUGGGCUGUUCUGAAUUAGUUGCUACUUGCACCUGGAUACGUGGGACAAGAACCCAACCAACUCCGGAUAAACAAUAUAGAGAUGAUUAUACAUGCAUUGCGGGAGCGACAGGAAGGAUCAUGGAGCAGUGGGUCCACGACUAUACCUACAGAAAAGGCGAUGGGACCAUGGGGCAGUGCCUCGGGCCGUUGCACGAUGUUCACGAUUCUGCUAUUGGCGAGGCGCUUGGGAGUUGCAAAUUAAUGUACAAGUAUAGGAAUGGGUGGGGCAUCUGAGCUAGGUGCGCAAAUACCUAUAUUGCGUUUCAGAAUUCUAUGAUUUCGUCUGUCUGACGGUGAGCAUGUGUGAAAAUCAAUACCUGGUGCCUUACCACCUACGAGACGCAUCGAUGUGAAGUCGCGACUAGAGUUCCCGAGCACAUACAGUCCACUCCAGAUACAUGUACACGUACAUGUCAGGUAUCUGAACUUCAAGUGCGUGAACGACAACAAUGAUGUAGGUCAGAGUCGUCUGGCGUUCUUUAUUGUCGUCACACUGAUGCAAGCAUUCAAAUUACUUGAGGUAGACAUCGUACGCAAUCACAACAGCAAGACAUUCCACCUCUCUUUCCGAUUACCCACCACUUCACGAACCGGGCACAUCCACAGCAAAGCAGCUGCACCACAACCCAUCCAAAAUGGCCUCCACCAGCAUCGGCGCCACAGGCGCACCCGCCAACGCCCCCGGCGAGCAACACGAAGUCCGCCAAACCACGACGACCGAAGACAUGAAACCCAACCCAUCUCAAUCGCUUCCCCUCUCUGCGGCCCGCCAAGCUCUCGUCGACGAUAUCAUUGCCCUCUACUCGUGCGAGCCCACGAUCAAGCGUGUGGAACGAUAUACGCCGGAUUGCGUCUAUGAUGAUCAAUUCGUGUAUGCGAAUGAUCGAUAUAAAAUGGCGGGGCAGUGGUUUGCUUUGCCGAAGUUGUUCAAGGAGUCGAGGAAUGAGGGGUAUGAAGUUAUUAAGAAUGAGGAUAAUUUGAUUCAAUUUAAGAAUGAACAAAGCUGGACGUUCAAAAUCAUCCCCAAGACUGCCACGAUCAACGCUCUGGUUUCCCUGUCUUUGGAGCCAGGAAGUGAAGAGACGGGGUUUGUGAGGGUCAAGUAUCAUAAAGAUCAAGCCAACGAUAAGGAUUACAGUCAUGAGGGCUUGGGAUUCUCGUUUAAAAAGUGGCAAGCCGAUCAGGUUGCAAAGCAUAUGAAUGCCGAGGAAGUCAAAUAUUUUGAAAAGGACAAGGUUGCGGGUAAGGAGCCUGUGAGAAAAUAUGGUUCGGGAGAUGUUGAUGGCAGUGCGCCGAAGAAGGAUUUGUAGUUUUUUUCUGUUACAUGUGAUUGUAUCGUGGACUGCCAAUGCGAUCUUAGGUACCUACCUGAGGUAUCUACGGCAUAUAAAGAGGUUACUGGUGCAAAACGUCGCAGUGGUGUGCAUAGCCCACCCUCUCUCAUAAUUCGUACAUUACUACCUUGACUUUUCUUUUACCCACUCCCAUCACUCCUAACCAUAGACAUAAUACACUUCACUCUCCCUCCACCCAAAAACAUAAUGUAUAUCACAACCCACCCCUACAGUGUUUUACCAGUAGUACCCGUAGUAGUAGUAGUUGUAGUAUCAUUCACUGGCUGUCCCGUAGCAAGUCCACCACCUCCUCCAACUUUCCUCUCCACCUCCUUCCCAGCAGCUUUUGCAUCGUUUGAGAAUCCCGUUGAUGGAUGACUAUUGCUGCUAUUGCUGUUAUGAUGGCCGCCUAGAAGGUCAUCUGCGAAGGAAUUUAUAUUUUGGCGAAUGUCUUCGGAGAGGUUAUUUAAACCUUUGAUUCCACCUUUGAUUUCUUCUGCGGCUUUUUCGCCUUGGGCUCCGGUUGGGUUGUUGGUGGUAGUGGGUGUUGACAUGGUGGUGAUUAAGGUACAAGUGCUUCUGUUUCGAGGACUUGGUUGGGGUUGUAGUUGGCUGGCUAAGGGAUGUAGCUAGAAGGCUGUAAGGAGGUAUAGAUAGGAGGUACAUG